CGUCCGCUUAGCCGAACUGGUUCCAAAAAAUUAUUUUAUUUCUUUCACAUUCAUGUACUGUAUGUAUGUUUGAUUCUACGUUUAACCACCAAAUAUCGCGUCUUAAGACAAAUUUACAAAACUAAAGCUUUUGUCCAAACGUAAAAAUCCACCGUGAUUCCAUAAAAGCCACGGCAUAACCAAAGUACUUAAUUUCCUUUCACUGUCUAUAUCCAGGAAUCAAACGCAGCAUUAAGAUUAAAUCACGUCCCAUCCAAAAAUCACGUUUGACUUCGUGCAAACGCGUAUCCGAGCACCACAGUAAGCUCAGUGAUGUUCCUUCCUUCGCCUUCUUUUCAUCCUUAAAACGACACCAAUGUUCAAAUUCACACCACCACAGUAAUCUCCUCCUUCUCCUUCACCCAUUUUUCAAAACCGCAUCUUUUUCACCCACCACCUGUUUGUUUUUUUGUCUCUCAAAAUUUUCAUUCAUCUUUCAAUGCUUUCAAUUCCAAAACACAAAAUCAUGUUCACGGGCAGGAUUAAUAGGUUAAUACGCUCUCUCAUAAAUCAUUCAUUUUCAUCACUCACCCAUCAUCAUCAUCAUUAUCACACUUAUCUAUUGAGAAACAAAGCCUUGCCACAAAUUGAAACCACAUUUAAAUCAUCAAUGUUUUUUGUUUUUCAAUACUCUAGUUAUUGCCAAUUACCAUUAUCAGAUUCUCAUUGUGUUCAAUUGAUUCAAUUUCCGUUGCCAAUGAACUCUUUUGCUGCAUUAUCCGUUCGCCAUUAUUGUUCAGAAACUGUUUCCAUGAACCAAGAUUUUGGUUGUGGUGUAAGUGAUGAUGUUGUGGAGGGCACUAAUGGUUUUGAGAGUGAUGAUGUUGUGGCGGGUACUAAUGGUUUUGAGAGUGAUAUUGAUAAGGUGCAUUACACUAUAAUGGAUAACUUACUUGGUUUUAAUAAGAUGGAGAAAGCUCUUGAAAAUUUAGGUAUACCAUUGUCCACUCCAUUGGUUAUUGGUGUGUUGCAUAAGCUUCGUUACGAUGAAAAGAUUGCGUUUCGGUUUUUUACAUGGGCUGGUCAUCAAGAUAAUUAUGUGCACGAGCCUUGUGCUUAUAAUGAUAUGAUGGAUAUCUUGUCUAGUACUAAGUAUAAAGUAAAACAGUUUCGGAUUGUUUGCGAUGUGUUGGAUUACAUGAAGAGGAACAACAAGAGUACGGUUCCGGCGGAAGUUCUGUUGAACAUUUUGAGGAAAUAUACUGAGAAGUAUUUGACUCAUGUGCAGAAGUUUGCAAAGAAGAAGAGGGUAAGAGUGAAGACGCAACCGGAAAUAAAUGCAUUCAACUUUCUGUUGGAUGCUUUGUGCAAGUGUUGCUUGGUUGAGGAGGCUGAAGGGUUAUAUAAGAGAAUGAGAAAAAUGAUCAAUCCUAAUGGGGAUACAUAUAAUAUUUUGGUUUUCGGUUGGUGCAGGGUUAGAAACCCGACUAGGGGGAUGAAACUGUUGGAAGAAAUGAUUGAAUUGGGUCAUAAGCCUGACAACUUCACGUACAACACUGCUCUCGAUACUUACUGCAAAGCAGGCAUGAUAACAGACGCGGUAGAGCUUUUCGAGUUCAUGAGGACGAAAGGUUCAAUCAUAUCUUCUCCCACUGCCAAGAGUUACUCAAUUAUAAUCGUUGCUCUUGUCCAGAACAAUAGAAUGGAGGAAUGUCUGAAACUUAUGGGGCAUAUGAUUAGCAGCGGUUGUCUUCCCGAUGUCACGACAUACAAGGAUAUAAUUGAAGGUAUGUGUUUGUGUGGAAAGAUAGACGAAGCUUACAAGUUCUUGGACGAGAUGGGAAACAAAGGUUAUCGACCUGAUAUCGUUACUUAUAAUUGUUUCCUCAAAGUCCUAUGUGAUAGUAAGAAGUCCGAGGAGGCCAUUAAACUAUACGGAAGAAUGAUUGAAAUGAGCUGUACUCCUAGUGUUCAGACUUACAAUAUGCUGAUUUUGAUGUUUUUUAAGAUGGACGAUCCUGAUGGUGCAUUUGAAACUUGGCAAGAAAUGGAGAAGAGGGGUUGCAGACCAGACACUGAUACAUACUGUGUCAUGAUUGAGGGACUAUUUAACUGCAACAAAGCAGAAGAUGCUUGUAUUCUUUUGGAAGAAGUGAUUAACAAGGAAAUAAAAUUGCCGUAUAGAAAGUUCGAUUCUUUGUUGAUGCAACUUUCAGGGAUUGGUGAUCUCCAGGCCAUUCAUAAGCUCUCAGAUCAUAUGAGGAAAUUCUAUAAUAAUCCGAUGGCAAGACGUUAUGCUUUAAGCCAGAAGCGUAAGAGCAUGAGUUUGAGAGGGAAGUCAUAGUAAGAAAUCUUUUUAUUGAGUUUGUGUUACCUUUCACAAAAAUUUGGAAGAGGAACAAUUAGGAGGGUUCUUCCCAUGUUUGGUUCGAUGAAUAUUUUUUGAAAGCGUGGCAGGUUAUAGAAUUUAUCGUUUCAGAUGCUGCUUUCAAGUUGUCCUUGCACUACAUAUUUGAAUACUUCAUGAUAACAACAAGUUGCAUCUUUGGAUAUGCUCCAUUGGUCAUGCUCUCUACUGAGAACAUUUUUGCAUGAAAGUUUUUGUAAGUCUUUGGAUCUUCUUAUAUAUUCUCGUUUUUUGUUCUUCAAGAGAAAUUUUUGAUGGCUGUUACGACAUUUUGAUUUAGAGAUGUUGGUUUGUUAACACGGCAUAAAGACAAAAUGUCGGUUAGUUAAGACAGCAUAAAGUUGGAAAGAUUCGCGCAUGUAUUAUGUUAUCGCGAGUGGGAGAAGAGGUUGUGAACUUGUGCAUGAUGGAAAAAUUUGUUAUCUGGUCACGAAUCUGUUAGUUACUUGCUCUGUAAGAUAUUGCGGUUUAUGAGAUUUUAGCUGGCAUCUUAAGGAUUAUAGUAUGAUUUGAUUAUAUGGAAUAUCUUACUAUAUCACAAUUAUAAUGAAAGGACCAUCACUUCAAUAAUGAUCACCAUGACCAGGAAAAUAUUUCAAUUGGAUACAUUUAGUUCACCAUUGUUAAGCUGUGAGAAAAUUGAAGUCACUGUACUAUAUUGCCACAUUUGCACAAUUAUUUUCGAAGCACUACAAGUAUGCGAAGAAGAUAAUGAUUUGGUUUUUGAUUAGCUUUUAGAGUAUGAAAGCUUCUCAACUAAGAAAGUAUUUGGCCUAGCAUUUCUUGAGCUUCUAUUAUCCUUCAAAAGAGAGGUUGAGCCUAAGACUUUUAGGAAAGCUCUUGGGUUGGAAAUUGGAAAUAUACGUUUAUAAUUGAUCAUUGAUCACUUAUAAAAUAAAUGGUUGUAUAAGUUAUUUUUAUAAUAAAACAUAAGAUAAAGUUAAACCGUUUUUGAAA